AUGAAUAACAACAAUAAUAGGUAUUACUCUGAUGAUCCAAAUCAAUAACUUCAAUACAAUUAAUAAACUCCUAAUUAAUAAGAUCCUUUUAAUUAAAAUAGUAAAUAGCCAUAACAACUUGCCUAUCAAAUUGGAAAUGUUAAUCAUGCUGCAUUUAAUAAUCCUAUGGCAGUAAAUGAUUCUGAAUGUUCAGGUUUAGUAAGCUCUGCAGAUUCCGAUAUUAGAGCUGGAUUCAUUGUGAAAGUUUAUGCCAUUAUGAGUUUUUAACUUUCAAUCACGUUUCUGUUAAUUUUGGCAUCUUAUUAUUUCCAAAAUGUGAGAAAUGCCAUCAUCAAUACAUCAACAAUUCAAUACACACCAUUAACUAUAUUUUGCUUUGUAAUUGCCUUAGUCAUUGAAGUUGCUAUCUUUUGUUGCAGAAAAGUGGCGAGAAAAGUGCCUCUCAAUUACAUAUUACUUACUAUUUUUACUCUAUGCUUUAGUACUGUUGUGGCUGCACCUUGCAUCAUUUGCUUUGAAUUAUUAUCAAAUGGAGUUCAAUUAGUCAUUAUUGCUGCAUCAAUCACAGUGGCAAUUACUAUUAUGCUCACAAUAUAUGCAUGGCGUACAAAAACAGAUUAUUCAGCUGCAGGACAUUUCUGCUUUGUUUUAAGUAUGAGUGUUUUGAUUAUGUGCAUUAUUGGCUUAUUCGUUCGCAAUAUUUGGUUCCAUUUAUUCAUAUGUACCCUAUGCAUCAUCAUAUAUGGAGGCUAUAUCAUCUUUGAUACUUAACUUAUUAUUGGCAAUCAUUCUAAUUAUUUAACAAUUGAUGAUUAUAUUAUUGCAGCCAUGUUAUUAUACGUUGAUAUUGUUAUCUUGUUUUUGAGAAUACUCGAAAUUUUAAUGAUUAUUUUCGGAAAAACCUGA